CUUAUCCUUUUACGGUAAACUACAUUUGACAGCAAGCACAGUCGGCCUCAGGGAAACCCGACAAAACCACGCUCAGAAACGCGACUCCUCAGUGCUUUCAAACGUUUCGCUCUCCGAGGCACAGAGCUCAGUGCUUACGGUGAUUGCCUCCGAACCGGUAGGCACGCAGCGUGCGUCCAGUCGUCGAAACAACCUUAAAUCAGAUUAACGUUUGCGCUUAUCAUCCAUUUCAAUGGGUCAGGGCGCCCACGCUCAACCUGCUGGGAAUAAUGCAAGAGACCGGGGAGUCAGGGAAAAAUCUUUUCGACUUAAUUCCCUCAUACCGAUCGUCGUCCUGCACUUUCGAAGACCUCGAAAGGCAUGGCGGCGAACCCAGCACAAUAUAUCCAAGGCCCAUUCCUCAUUGGGCUAACCAUAAACAUCUUCCUCUACGGUGUCAUCACCACGCAGAUCUACUUAUAUUUUUCAACGUAUAAAAAAGAUCCAUUGUUGUUGAAGUCACUCAUAGUGAUUUUAUACUUGGCGGAUACGCUCAACUGCACCAUCAGUAUCUAUUAUAUCUACAAUGUUCUAGUCACUCACUUUGGCGAUGCGGCAAACCUUCUGAGUAGUGAUUGGGCAUUUACAGGCGGUGCCGUCUUGACUGGCGCUAUCAGUGGGGCGGUCCAACAUUUCUUUGCGUGGCGGGUAUAUAUAUUGACCAAGAACGUGUUUAUCGUGGCGGCUAUCGUUCUAUGUAGCCUAGCCAACCUGGCAGGCUCGGUCGCUGCCACUGUCAGAAUGGCCGCCAGCCCCAGUCUUUCCGUGUUGCCAAACCUCGACAUUCAAGUUACGGUAUGGUUGGUUGGGGGAGUCCUCGCUGAUAUGAUCAUCGCCGGUUCGCUUGUAUGGCAUCUGCAAAGACACAAACACCUUUACCCUGCACUGACUAGCACCAUCAAUCGGAUUCUCAGGUUGACCGUACAGACUGGAUUCCUGACGAUGAUCGUUGCUAUCAUUGACUUGGCGUGCUACCUGGCCAUCAGUGCCGGCAUCCAUCUGAUAUUCAGCAUGACACUAUCAAAGUUAUAUACAAACUGCAUGUUAUCCACCCUAAACGCUCGUGCAGCAUGGAAAUAUAACGGAUCGUCAGAGGACGAAGUAAGCCAUGGCAGGAGACAUGAGUCAGUUGUGUUCCAGGCGCAGAGUACGCAGCCGGAGGUUUUCGUGCAGGUCGAAUCGCACCAGAUGAUCGACAUGGGAGACGAUCUGCCGUACGGUACUUUUCGUCAGGGCGAUCCUUCCAAACAUGGAUGGAACGAUGAGGAGGACAGUACGCAUGCUGGCAAAGUCUGAGAGCUGUGCUUUAUUAAUGUACCAUAAUUGCAAGAUUAUAAUGGUGGAUAAUAGAACCCGCAUCCUCAUUUACAGUAACGGAACGUUUGCAUAGCCUCUAUAUCCAUGGCAGUAAGGCGCAAGGCGGGGGGGCAUGAGUGUCGAUUAGCCUCAUCAAAGCUUUUCGGUGCCUUGCUAAGUAUCAAUUCUGGGUGGUAUGAUGCCUCCCGGCGGAGGCCCAGAUGUCCGCCG